AUGAAGCGCACGAGCUCCAUUGGCUUCAACAAUCCCCCGUUUACCUCGCAGCACGCCCGGUCAAACUCCCUACUGAACUCAACGAGCCGACCUCAGCAGCCCAACUUUACACGCAUGUCCAUGGCUGGCCCCGACUCUGGUCUCUCGUCUGUACGCCGAUCCGUCUCGAGUAACAUGUUUCAUGGUGUGAGCGCUGGGAGACAAAGUUUUGCGCCGGGCUCACUUUCAUCCAAUUCUGCAUCCCAACAGAACCUGCAACGCCGCAGCAGUGUCUUUUCGCGGCCAUCAGUGGGUGGGCCCAUGGGUCACCAAUCUUUCUUCAACUCGGUCCCCGCUGUCGCGGGUGUGCCCAGAGACCCCCGACCGCUUCGAGACCGAUCAUUCCAAGCGCGCAUUGGGCAGGAGCUACUGGAGUAUCUAACACACAACAAUUUUGAGCUGGAGAUGAAGCAUUCCCUAGGACAGAAUACCCUCCGCUCGCCGACCCAGAAAGACUUCAACUAUAUCUUCCAGUUCCUUUAUCACCGUAUUGAUCCAGGCUACAAGUUCCAAAAGGCGAUGGACGCGGAAGUCCCUCCCAUUCUCAAGCAGCUGCGAUAUCCGUUCGAGAAGGGCAUCACAAAGUCCCAGAUCUCGGCCGUGGGGGGCCAAAACUGGUCCACUUUCCUCGGCAUGCUACACUGGUUGAUGCAAUUGGCACAGUUAAUGCAACGGUUCGAUAGUGGAGAGUAUGACGAGGCAUGCGCCGAAGCCGGUGUCGACGUUACGGGUGAUCGCAUCAUCUUCCGUUUCCUCACUGGUGCCUAUCAUGACUGGCUGCAAGGUGGCGAAGACGAGGAUGAUGAGACGGCAGAGCAACGAUUGGUGCCUCAUAUUGAGGCGAUGUCGCAAGAGUUCGCCCGCGGUAAUGAGCGAUAUGUACAGCAGAUGGAAGCACUAGAGGCGAAGAAUCAAGCUUUGCGAGAGCAGAUCGAGGAAAUGGAAAAGAAUGCACCGGACAUGGCCAAGUUGGACCAGCACUUCCGCAUCCUGGAGGAUGAUACGAGGAAGUUUGAGGACUACAACCAGAAUGUCAAAGGCAAAAUCGAAAAGUACGAAACUCGCAUCAAGUUCCUGGAUGCCGAAAUUCAAAAGACCGAUGGCGAGCUUCAGAUCACGGAAAACGAGCGUGCCGAGCUUCAGGCUAGCGUCGACCGACAAGGAAUCACCAUACAAGACAUUGAUCGCAUGAACACGGAACGCGAGCGGCUUCAGAAAAGUCUUGAGGACAGCAUGGCUCGUUUGGAGGAGACCCAUGCCCGGGUCAUGGAGAAGGAGGCCGAAGCGAGCCAGAAAUUGGAGGAUCUGGAGCAGAUCGUCAAGGCGUACAACACGCUUGGCUAUCAGACAAGCCUAAUCCCGUCCUCUGCCGAGAAUGCCAAGGGCCAGGACUUUGAGCUUACUCUCAACGUCAACGAAAACAAUUUCUCCGCCAGCCAGAUCGGAGGCGCGCCUAAUCGGAUGUCGUCAGAGGGUGAUCGCCUCUUGGCCGAACCUUACACGGGCUACCACCCGGCCCAUUUGCUGAAUCUGGACCUCCGGGGCUCUGUCCGCAAUAGUCUACAAUCAUUGCGCAAGGAGAUCAACGAGCGGCGGAAAAAAGCCAUUGACGAUGAUCUUGACCGUCGCAAUCUACUUGACAACAUUAAGGAGGCGAUGGACGAAAAGCGCAGUGAGGUUGAGGCCCUGGAGCACCGACGCCGAGCGGCGGAGGAGGAGUUUGAACGCACCAAGGAAAUUACCACCACUCAGAAGACGGCAUCAGACGCCCAGAUCGAGAAGAUGGAGAAAGAACUCGCCAAGAUGCGGGCGACGCUCAGCGACAGUGUCCAAUUGAUGGAGCAGCGCGAGAUGAAUACCAACAUCGAAUAUGAACAGUUGACACUUCGAGCCAAUGCGCUACGAGAAGAACUACAUACCAACGUUGAGACCAUGCUCAACGAUGUGAUUCGCUUCAAGGUCCAUGUACAAAAGGGCUUGGAGGACUAUGAGAGUUUCGUGGUUGACGAAGUGGAGCAGGAGUUGGGUGGCGAUCUGCCUGCCGACGAGGAUGAGGAGAUAUGA